UAUGUCAAAUUGGGGUGUUUUUAAAAUGCACAGGGCAUUUUUCAUUUCACAGCAGACUGACUAAACCUGGAGAGAGAAAUCUAAGGCAUAGCAUAUAUGUUUCUGUUAUUUUCCCCUUAAAUAACUACCUAAUUAUUGCAACAUUUUGGAAAAUGUCACCAAGUGCCUCCAGAUCUCACUCCUGUAAUGAUCGCUACAGCAUCACCUUUUCUGGAUCUGGAUUUUUGUCUAUUUACCAGUUGGGGGUUGCAUUGGGCUUCUUGAGGUACUCACCCUGGAUUCUGAAGUCGGCGCCUCASAUCCUCGGUGCUUCUGCUGGGUCUCUGGCUGCAGCUACUGUAGCCUGUGAACUAAACCCGAUUGCCAUACGGGAUGAGAUGCUUCUMUUUGCCAAACAGGUGAAGGCUUUUACUUUGGGAAUAUUAAGCCCAUCAGUCAAUGUUUUCCAGUGGCUAGAGAAAGCUCUGCACAAACAUCUUCCUUCUGAUGCCCACCGUUUGGCAAACGGCCGCCUUGGUGUUGCUGUGACACGUCUGUCUGAUGGAGAGCAAAUCAUUUUAUCGGAGUUCCAGUCCAAGGAAGAUGUUGUUCAAGCUCUGCUGUGCAGCUGCUUUUUGCCAGGAUAUUGUGGCUUUCUGCCUCCACUCUUCAGGGGUGUGCACUAUAUAGAUGGUGGUUUGAGUGGCUUCAUGCCCAGAAUGMCUGAGUCGUCUACGCUGACUGUGUCCCCUUUCUCUGGAGACACUGAUAUUUGUCCCGCUGACCCUCCUUGCCCGAUGACGAUGGUGGUUUCAGGAGCCAAUUUUAAGACCAACGUAGCUAACUCCUGGAGGAUGAUCACUGCCCUUUGCUCUGUGGAUUUGGAGGAUCUGGAACAAGCGUUCCACAAUGGCUACGAAGAUGCAGUUACUUUUCUUUGGAAUAAAGAUCUUGCUUCUUCCCCGAUGACUCCGGGGUUUCAGAGCUGUGACUCAACUGAUGCACAGAUGCUUCUGGAAAUCACCAAAAUGGAAGAAGAGGAAAUAAAAGUGGAACAACAGGCCACCACUCUGACAUCUUUCCCAGACAAAAGAUCCAGGCUGAUAGUUAACUCCACUGUGCCAGAAAACACCCAAGAUCCUCUUCUCAUCUUUGAUGAUGAAAAGAAUGUUCUGUUGAGCAAUAGGACAACCUAUAUGGGCAUGUUUGGAUUGCUAGUGAGAAUGUUGUACAUCCUGCUUCUGACACCCAUCAUGUCCUUUUAUGCCUUGCUGCAGAACUGGCAAAGGCUGAAGGAGAUGUUCAUGAAAGUCCUUGAGUUUGUUAUUUUGGGUUGGCUUUUCACAAAACACUAUGGACUGUUCAUCCUCAGCAUUGCUGUCUGUAGCCUCAAGAAAAACAUACAAGAUCGAGUCACACAUGUGAUGUUACUGCUGCAGUAGCUGAAGGUUUAUUCACACCACAGAGCUCUGUGAGGAGGGAAGAGUUUGUCAGCUUUGGAUCUGUUKUCAAGUCAUUCAGAAAAUAUCUGCUUCAGGAACUUUCAAAAAAAUAAUGCAGCUCUAUGUCUCAAUGUGAUAAUUUUAAAAGCUAACAGCAGACAUAUUAACGCUAACCGCAACCAUUUUAAA